AUGGGGGCGAUUCUGAUCGCCGAACAACCACUGUCUAUUGCAGCGUGGGAUGCAAUUUUGUCACCGUUCUUAAACUCUUCCAUCCGUGACACAUUGGUUGAAGUUGCUCCCCUCUUAUUGGGGGUCCUCCAUUCCGACACACCAAUCCGUAUCAUUCAUCAGUUGUUCUGUGAGUUUCUCACAGGCCAAAUCGGUCCUGAAUCACUUGAUCAUCGUUACCUGCUGGAUAUGACGAGGGCGAAUGCCACGAUGGCCCCGUGCUGUACCGAGAUCUUAAAUAAGGAUCUUUGCCACAUGGAGGGUUUGGGGCUGAUCAAAUAUUUGCGCCAAAGGGACGACCUGCCACAGAUCCCUUGUGAGGUGCUGUCAGAACAACUUCGUUACUCAUGUCGGUAUAUUGUGUACCACCUCAACAAAGUUCAGGAACCACUAGAGGUGCUCAGUGGAUUGGUUCACACAUUUCUUAAUCAGCAUGUAACAUGCUGGGCGGAGGUCUGUGUGAGAACCGACGGGUACAUCAGUGUAUCUUCAUUUCCUGAGUGGGCUAAGUUGAGUGUUGAUCGGAAUUCAAAGAAAGACAUUCACAAGUUGAUCCAAGUACUUGACGAAGUGAGACGGAAUCUGGCAUUCUUUUCAAGAUUUCAGGAGGCACAUGAGUUGGCAAAGGAUUCCAUAACCCUCUGCCGUUGCCUCGUGUCAGCAGACUCAGAGUCCUACACCCCGGAUUUGGCCCAAUCGCUCAACGGUCUUUUCGUAUCAUUGGAUGAUCUGGGACAUCAUUCCGAGGCACUCCCAGUGAUCGAAGAAAGUAUGAAGCUGUGGCACAAGCUUGUUGCUGUUGAUCCGACGUUGUACACCCCAUAUUUGGCUCAAUCACUCCACAAUCUUUACGUAUCAUUGGAAAAUCUGGGACGUUACUCUGAGGUGCACCUGGUGAUCGAAGAAAGUGUGAAGCUCCGGCGUGCGCUCGUUGCUGUUGAUCGGACAUCAUACACCCCAAAUUUGGCUCGAUCGCUCCAUAAUUUAAGUGUAUCAUUGCAUCAUCUGGGACAUCAUUCCGAAGUGCUCCCAGUGACCGAAGAAAGUGUCAGGCUCUGGCGUGAACUCGUCGCUCUCUGGUAUGAACUCGUUGCUAUUCAUCCGACGUCAUACACCCCAGAUUUGGCUCGAUCCCUCCACAGUCUUUCCAUAUCAUUGGAAAAUCUGGGACACCAUUCCAAGGCACUCCUAGUGAUCGAGGAAAGUGUGAAGCUCUGGCAUGAGCUCGUCACCAUUCAUCCCACAUCAUACACCCCAGAUUUGGCUCAAUCACUCACCAGUCUUAAGAUAUCAUUGGACCAUCUGGGACGUUAUUCCGAGGCGCUCCCCGUGAUCGAAGAAAGCGUGAAGCUCUGGCACGAGCUCGUUGCUGUUCAUCCGACAUCAUACACCCCAAAUUUGGCUCAAUCGCUCAACAGUCUUAAGAUGGCAUUGGACAAUUUGGGACAUUAUUCCGAAGCACUCCCGGUGAUCAAAAGAAGUGUCAACCUCUGGCGCGAGCUCGUUGCUGCUCAUCCCACAUCAUACAACUCUGUUCCUUUCAUCAAAGAAUCCAUUUCUCUUUGGUGUCCUCUCCACAUUACUCUUCCGACCUCAUAUGCCGCUGAUUUAGCCUGGGCAUUGCGGGAUCUAUCCAGGAUACUUUCACGCCUGGGGCACUAUGCAGAAGCAUUUGAUAUCGAGGAAGAGGCGAGAUUAUGCUCUCAUCAGCUUCGUUCUGAAUACCCUGACAUCUAUGCAAAUUAUCUUCGAGGGUUAUAUGCCUGUAUGGCUGCUCCAUUGGAAGGUCUUGGAAGGGGUCAUGAGUUAGCAGACAUACGCACUCUCAUGCAAAAUCUAUGA